AUGGCGCCCGCAAAGAUGCCUCUUCGGGUCGACGAAGAGAUGGGCAAGAAAGAUGACGACCACCGACCGAUCGAUGCACGCUUCCAACCUCUACGACACAGAGCAUUCCCGCGCCCUCGUCGGAUUAUAAUCGCAUUGGUUGCUCUUUUUAUCAUCUACGAGUUCUUCAAGAACAUGCCGACGGACUUGGCACCCGCAGUCGACCGUUACGAUCCGGGGAUGGCAAAGCUGAGGGCAGAAACGUUAGCCAAGUGGACUGGACCAGACCAUGUGCCUACCAUUUCCAAGCCGGAAAUGGUAUCGCAAGCCCCGGUACCGAUAUGGGAUCAGAAGGAGAAAGGCUACGAAGGGAAGCUCACGUUCCCCGAAUUAGAUCGCUCGCUUCCUCAGCAGAAGUACUAUCGCAAAGCGAGUAGUCGGGCCGUGUUGUUUGCUGCAUCGGACUUGCGCAGCGUAUCGGAUAUGCUGCCACUGGCCUGUCGCAUGGCCGAUCAGCCACUGAAUUAUGUGCAUUUCAUUUUGAUGGGAAAGGAAGGCAUAUCGGUCCAAGAUAUCAAACAAGUCAAUGGGAUCAAGGACAACGAGUGUCCACUGAUAUGGCAUGUUGGUCGACCCGAUGCUGCGCCUAUAUCUACCGAUUCCCGCAUGGAAAGAUCCAUCAGAGAGGCUCUGCACCUUGUACAAAUGUACCUAAAACCUGAGGUCAUAAUUUCUCAGAAAAAAGUGUGGGAAAAUACCUUCUUCUCAAAGGGGGUGGAAGCACAUUCUCGAGACAGCAAUACUCCUCACAUCGCACUCCCGGCCGUUUCUAGAGAUCUCAUGUGGAUGGCAUUCUUAGAUUGCGCAGCUCUUAAGACCUGGAAUGCAAUCCGCAUCGACAUGGUGGUUGCGGCGCCUGAAUCUUCUGGGUCUUUGAUCAGGCUGGUGAAGUCUUUGGAUGCAGCUGAUUACCUAGGGUCUAUCCCCAGCUUGACCAUAGAACUUCCUCCGUCAGUGGAUCUACAGUUACUCCAGUUUUUGCGGCAACCAGAAGCGUUGAGCCAGCUUGCAGGUCGCAUCACCCUGCGGCGGCGCAUUCAGUCACACCACAUGGACCCGGCAAAGGCAUCCAUUCAAACAGUGGAAUCAUUCUAUCCCCUACAGCCAGAGACCACCCAUGUACUUGUGCUCUCUCCGCAGGCAGAAUUGGCAUCUUCGUUCUUCCACUACCUGAAGUACACAGCUUUGAAUUACAAGCAUUCUGCUCGCGCCAAGAACAUAUUCCCGAAUAUGGUCGGGAUCUCUCUCGAACUUCCAUCUUUCAAACCAAGUACGAACAGAGAUUCGUUCGUUCCGCCGGAAAUGACCACCAAAGAUGGAGAAAACUUUGUGCCUUCUUUUAUUUGGCAAGCUCCAAACAGCAACGCAGCUCUAUACUUUGGGGAUGUUUGGGAGGAGUUUCACUUGUUCUUAUCCAAACGCCUCUCGACCCCAGGAUCCGAAACGGCCUCUCAUAUCGAAUUGAUAUCUGAGAGAUAUCCAGCCUUUAUGGAAUAUCUGCUCGAGAUGAUCCGUGCAAAAGGCUACUACCUUCUAUAUCCGUCUUUCCCGGGCACCAAAUCUUCUUCCAUCGCAACCGUCCACAAUGAGCUGUAUCAGCCCCCGGAAGAAUUCGGAGACCGCAGUCUCUCCGAUCCAGACAAAGGGGGAGACUCUGCCACUCCAUUGGAAACCGUUGAGACCCCUCUUAGCCGUGCAUCGACCAUUAAUCCUUUGCUUGACCUGUUCCCUUUGGGGCUUCCGGACCUGGAUGCCCUACCUCUACUUGGAUUCAAUGGCGAGCUACUAGAUGCUGCAAGACAUGAAGCUCAAACCAAAGAGUACCGGCAGAAGUUCCGUGCUCAUUAUGGGAAAUGUACUGAAGAAGGCAAACCUGAUGGAUCUUCGGCAGACUUGUUCUGCUUUUGA